ACACCCAAAGCCAGAACGAAGAGAAAGCUACCUCCUCUUGGCUCAGGAAGCAAGGGAACCACUAGCAACAGAGUGCAUCACAAGCCGCUAGCCGGCACGUCUAUUUUUCCGAAGCUAAAAGACACAGUGUGUUACUCUGACUUUCCUCCUUCUCAAACAGAGCACCUAUCGGACUCCCACCCCCUGCUCCUCUCUAUUCCGCGUGCACGGCUGCAGCAGUUGGGACUUCUGCUACAACAAGACCCGACAAACUGCGAGAACUAGAACUACUCACAGUACUGCAGAACUGAAGAGGACCUUUUGAAGAACAAAGACAGAAACUACAAAGGGUCGACAAGUCAUUCUCCCGAGCAAGAAGCUUAUGGUGAGGGAAUUCUUUACUCCUGUUUCUGAAAUCAAAAAAAGAAACAGGAUGGAGGGGACUCUCCCAUCUCUAACACUCUAGAGCUGCCGGUUUUUCACCCCCACCCACCGUACACUGCUCCCCACACUCUGAAGAAUACUGAUUUGUUUGAAAUGAUUGAAAAGAUGCAGGGCUGCAGAAUGGAUGAACAAAGAUGUACUCUCCCACCCACACUUAAAACUGAAGACGACUACAUACCUUACCCCAGUGUGCAUGAGGUCCUGGCCCGCACAAGCCCGUUUCCCCUCAUUCUCCUGCCCCAGUUUGGGGGUUACUGGAUCGAAGGGACCAACCAUGACUUAAACAGCCCCCCCGAGACAGAGCAGCUUCUUUCCCCCACCGCUCGCAUCAAGCUGGAGUGCAACACCACCGCCAAGCUGUUUAGGAAGCACUUUCUGGGCAAGGAACAUUUUAAUUACUACUCCACGGACAGCACCCUGGGACACCUGGUCUUCUCAAUGAAAUACGAUGUGAUCGGGGAUCAGGAGCACCUGCGUCUGCUCCUGCGAACUAAACUGAAAACAUACCACGAUGUCAUUCCAAUAUCCUGCCUCACUGAGUUUCCCAAUGUUGUACAAAUGGCUAAGCUCAUUUGUGAAGACGUGAAUGUGGACAGAUUUUAUCCUGUCUUGUACCCCAAGGCUUCACGACUGAUUGUUACUUUUGAUGAGCAUGUCAUCAGCAACAACUUCAAGUUCGGAGUUAUCUAUCAGAAAUUUGGGCAGACAAGUGAAGAAGAGCUCUUUGGAAACAGUGAGGAGAGUCCGGCCUUCGUCGAGUUCCUGGAGCUGCUGGGGCAGAAGAUUGAACUCCACGAUUUCAAAGGUUUCCGUGGGGGUCUGGACGUGGCACAUGGGCAGACUGGCACAGAGUCGGUGUACUACAACUUCAGAAACAAGGAGAUCAUGUUCCACGUGUCCACCAAGCUGCCGUACACCGAGGGUGACACACAGCAGCUCCAGAGGAAGAGGCACAUAGGAAAUGACAUUGUGGCCAUAGUGUUCCAGGAUGAGAGCACACCGUUCGUGCCAGACAUGAUCGCGUCCAACUUCCUGCAUGCCUACAUCGUGGUACAGGUGGUGAACCCCUGCUCCGAGAACACGCUCUAUAAGGUGUCUGUAACCGCCCGAGAUGAUGUGCCUUUCUUUGGACCUGCAUUACCGAACCCAGCCAUUUUCAAAAAGGGACCAGAAUUCCACGAGUUCUUGCUGACGAAGCUCAUCAACGCAGAGUACGCCUGCUACAAAGCGGAGAAGUUUGCCAAGCUGGAGGAGCGCACGCGGACCGCCCUUCUUGAGACCCUAUAUGAAGAAAUGCACAUCAACAGUCAGUCAAUGAUGGGCAUCGGGGGAGACGACGACAAGAUGGAGAACGGGGCAGCAGGGGGAGGGGGCUUCUUUGAGUCCUUCAAGCGGGUGAUCCGCAGUAGAAGCCAGUCAAUGGACGCCAUGGGCCUCAGUAACAAGAAGCAAAACACAGUCUGCACUAGUCACAGCGGGAGCUUUACCCACAGUGCACCAGAGACCCCCAAAACCCCCGGGAUAUCAUUGCUUGUGCCAGGGAAAAGCCCCAGUAAAUAUGGACGCCGCGGCAGUGCCAUUGGCAUAGGAACUAUAGAAGAGUCGUUGAUUAUCCCGGGGAAGAGUCCAACUAGAAAGAAAUCUGGUCCCUUCAGCUCUCGCCGGAGCAGCGCCAUCGGGAUUGAAAACAUCCAAGAGGUGCAGGAGAGGAGCAGGGAAUGUUCCCCAAGUUUCCAGAGGACAACGGACAGUGGUCACAUAUCCCAGGAACCCAAGUCAGAUUCAUCCAAUCAGAGUUCACCUGAGAUGCCCACAACCAAGAACAGUUAUUCUGUGUAUUGCAGAGCUGCCUCCAUCCCCGAGGCCAAUGACCUGUCUCGCUCCUCAUCCAACGCUAGCAGCUUCGCCAGUGUGGUGGAGGAGAACGAAGUCCUUGAGGAAUACGACACCGGCAUGGAGAGCCUGUCGUCUGCUGGCACCCCUCACAAACGGGACUCCUUCACCUAUAGCCCCUGGCUCGAGGACAGUGUCAGCAGUGCCAGCGCAGCCAGCGGGGGGAACUCACCAGUGCCGCCGCGCUGCCCCCAGCCCGAUUCAGGGAAGCCAGCAGAGCCUUCGAGACCCGAGAUCCGGAUCAAACUUGAGAAGCCCCAUGAGCAGACGUCAUCGCAUUCCCAUAAGAAACACAAAAUCAAGGAGCUGAGACGAGCACGGAUGUUUGCCACGACAGACGACGAUGACAGCCAGCCGCCUGGGUUCUGAAACACUACAAGCAUCACUGCGAUAUGAGUAUUACACACAUCCUCCGGGUCACGCAGCAAAGGUGCUGGGAGGCACAGGACUCUGAACGUGUAACUAGAAACCUCAUACCACUGACCAUGUGACAUACCACAUUCCCAGCAGCCCUUGCAGGCUGCACCAAGGGGCCCGCCUCGAAUCAAGAAGGACCUGAUUUGCACUGUGUUGAUGUUUGUUUGUUGUUUGUUUAUUUAUCAGUUUUAUUUAACACUAUGCCGUACUAAAGCUUUUGUCUGUAUAACUAAUGGACCAAGAAUGCUUUUACCUCCAAGUGAUAAACAACAGAAACGGAGACAUUUUAACUUUUUGACCACAAGGGACAGUUUUUACAAGAUGAUAAAUCUGAAUUGCCAACUCUUUCCAGGUUAAAACUAUUGCAGCUAUAAGGAAACUCCUGCUCCACUGCUCUGUUUACAGAGUUGAUCAACACCUACAAACCAGGUCAGAUUAGACAGUUGGCAAUUAGGGGCAGUUUCCAAAACUCACGAUUGACUUUGAAGUCGUUGAGCCAUUGGGAGAGUAGACGUCAUUGUGUCACAGCUUGUCCUUCAUUGGGAGAGUAGACGUCAUUGUGUCCCAGCUUGUCCUUCAUUGGGAGAGUAGACGUCAUUGUGUCACAGCUUGUCCUUCAUUGGGAGAGUAGACUCCAUUGUGUCCCAGCUUGUCCUUCAUUGGGAGAGUAGACGUCAUUGUGUCACAGCUUGUCCUUCAUUGGGAGAGUAGACGUCAUUGUGUCACAGCUUGUCCUUCAUUGGGAGAGUAGACGUCAUUGUGUCACAGCUUGUCCUUCAUUGGGAGAGUAGACUCCAUUGUGUCCCAGCUUGUCCUUCAUUGGGAGAGUAGACGUCAUUGUGUCACAGCUUGUCCUUCAUUGGGAGAGUAGACUCCAUUGUGUCCCAGCUUGUCCUUCAUUGGGAGAGUAGACUCCAUUGUGUCCCAGCUUGUCCUUCAUUGGGAGAGUAGACGUCAUUGUGUCACAGCUUGUCCUUCAUUGGGAGAGUAGACGUCAUUGUGUCACAGCUUGUCCUUCAUUGGGAGAGUAGACGUCCUUGUCCCAGCUUGUCCUUCAUUGGGAGAGUAGACGUCAUUGUGUCACAGCUUGUCCUUCAUUGGGAGAGUAGAUUCUAUUGUGUCGCAGCUUGUCCUUCAUUGGGAGGAUAGACUCCAUUGUGUCCCAGCUUGUCCUUUACUGGGAGAGUAGACGCCAUUGUGUCCCAGCUUAUCCUUUACUGGGAGAAUAGACGUCAUUGUGUCCCAGCUUGUCCUUCAUUGGGAGAGUAGACUCCAUUGUGUCCCAGCUUGUCCUUCAUUGCGAGGAUAGACGCCAUUGUGUCCCAGCUUGUCUUUACUGGGAGAGUAGACGCCAUUGUGUCCCAGCUUGUCCUUUACUGGGAGAGCAGACGCCAUUGUUUCCCAGCUUGUCCUUUACUGGGAGAGCAGACGCCAUUGUGUCCCAGCUUGUCCUUCAUUGGGAGAGUAGACGCCAUUGUGUCCCAGCUUGUCCUUCAUCGGGAAAGUAGACUUCAUUGUGUCCCAGCUUGUCCUUCAUUGGGAGGGUUGUCUUCAGUCCAACCAUGCCUGAAAGUGACUAGGAACUCUUUAAAUGUAAUUCCAUCUGACCUUCACAAAUCAACCAAUAGUGACAGAAAAAUAAGACAGAUACAUCUUUAUAUUGUAUAGCAGCCAACUAACCAUGUUAAAACAUACCAACAUAUUGUAGUCAACUACAGUAUUUAUACUACAUGAGUCAAUGAAGGCAAGACCAGGUUAUAAAUGGACACAUCUAUGGAAGGGUGAGAAGCUGGGAAGCGGUUUUAGUCUGCAAAGCCAACUGCAGUGGUUUCAUCUGAUCUCCACUACCUUACACUGCCAGUGUUUUGUGUCAAAUCCGUCUUCCUAUUCAGCACCACGGUGUAAUAAGCAGGUUGUUUAAUUUCUUAUUCAUUCGUAAGGCUGCUCAUUUGACAUUCAAAACCAUAGAAAUUGCCCCACUAAAGAAGAUAAAGCUCUCAGCUGACAGUUAGAUAUUGAGCUAUUCCCCUGCGUCUUUCAGGGCUUAUUCAGCGAAUGCAAGCAGGACCUAGCAGGUAGCAGAUAUCACCAUUUCUGUUCCGAAUGAAGAGACGCUAAAUUAACAAGUGGUUUUACUGUGUCAGUUCUGAAGCUAUAGGAGAAUGGCGUAUGCUAUAGGCAGUCACAGACUAGAUUUUAGCAUUUACCUAUAACCCAUCUUGCUAGAUGUACACAGAACAACAGGCCAGUCAAAGAAGGAUCUCAGACUAGAAGUUAUUAUUAUUUUUAUUUUAUUGAUUGUACAUAAAGAUAAAUUAUUUAUUGUCAUCUGCGUACUGAGGCAACUGGAAUUGCUGUUUUAAGGAGGAGAAUCAAGUUGACACUAGAAGGAAUCUAUUUUGGCUGAUUUCCCUCUGGGGAUGCACGGCUCUGCAAGAUACUUCAGAGAAGACACCCUUAAAGUACCGAGCGGUAAAUAUCACAAUGUUGAGUUAUCGCAGAAAUGUAUUUAUAAAAUGUAUGUGCAUUUGAUUUGUGUGUUUUGAUGUAUAUAUUAAAAGAUAAUGCUAUUUCA